CAACCACCCGAGGCCUGAAUAAAACGGAAGGACACCGGAACUUUUCCAGGAGAUACUGUUUUGAAACGGCACGGUCAGCUCUCUUGUAAACAUGGGCCGCCACUUUGGAGACUUGGCCAAGAUCAGGCAUAUAAUCACAUACAGUCUGUCCCCCUUUGAGCAGAGGGCUUUCCCCAACUACUUCUCCAAGGGAAUCCCCAAUGUGUGGAGAAGGGUCUCAACCUCUUUCUUCAAAGUUGCCCCCCCAAUGAUCUUGAUGUACCUGACAUACACCUGGGGCAACAGUGUUUAUGAGCAGGGCAAGAAGAAGGUCGCAGCUGACUUUGAGAAUGACGAAUGAACUCCUGCCACCUUUAUGAAUGCUACCCUCUGUUAUUAAUUCCAGCUGUAUGUUUCACCAUUAAAGAAGAAUAAUAUUUAUGUGAAA